AUGGCAUCCGACAGCAGCAUGGCGAACGGCAACGGACAGGAGGCUGCUUCCCUGAACGGAGAGCCGGUGCUUAAGCGGCCGAGGGAGAACGUGCCGCCGGAAGUGUCGCUCCGCACCCCGAGGGAGCCCCAGAACAAAGUGACCGUGGUGCUCGGAGCCCAGUGGGGCGACGAGGGCAAGGGGAAAGUUGUGGACUUGCUCGCAAUGGAUGCGGAUAUUGUAUGCAGGUGCCAGGGAGGAAACAAUGCCGGUCACACUGUGGUCGUGGACUCGGUGGAGUAUGACUUCCACCUGCUGCCCAGCGGCGUGCUCAACAAGAAGGCCAUCUCAUUCAUCGGCAACGGAGUGGUGAUCCACCUGCCCGGUCUGUUCGAAGAGGCUGAAAAGAAUCUGCGGAAGGGCAAAGGACUUCAGGGAUGGGAGGAGAGGUUGAAGAUUUCCGAUCGGGCCCACAUUGUGUUCAACUUCCACCAAGCUGUGGAUGGAAUCCAGGAGCAGCAGCGGCAGCAGCAAGAAGGCAAAAAUUUGGGGACCACUAAGAAAGGUAUCGGACCUGCCUACUCAUCCAAGGCAGCUCGCAACGGCCUGCGAGUGUGUGACCUCGUCUCAGACUUCAAGGUUUUUGAAGAGAAGUUCCGAAUGUUGGCGGAUCACUUCCUAACCAUGUAUCCAAACCUCAACGUGGACAUCACAGGGGAGCUCAAGCAGCUGAAGGAAUAUGCAGAGAGGCUGCGCCCCCUGGUGACUGACGGUGUGUACUUCAUGCACAAAGCGCUCACUGGUCCCAGUAAGAAAAUCCUGGUGGAGGGAGCCAAUGCGGCUCUGCUGGACAUCGACUUCGGGACGUAUCCUUUCGUCACGUCCUCCAACUGCACCGUUGGAGGGGUCUGCACCGGCCUUGGCGUGCCUCCGUCUUACGUCGGCCGGGUCUACGGCGUCGUCAAAGCGUACACCACCCGGGUCGGAGUUGGUGCUUUUCCAACAGAGCAGGAUGACGAGGUCGGCGAUCUGCUGCAGACCAGAGGGAGAGAGUUCGGCGUGACGACGGGCCGGAGGAGGCGCUGCGGCUGGCUGGACCUGAUCUUGGUCAGAUACGCCCACAUGGUCAACGGCUUCUCAGCGAUCGCUUUGACAAAGCUGGAUAUCUUGGACACACUGCCAGAGAUUAAAGUGGGCGUGGCUUACAAGGUUGAUGGAGAACCCCUACCAAGCUUCCCAGCAAACAUGGACGUGUUGACGCGCGUGUCGGUGGAUUACCAGACGUUUCCCGGCUGGUGCUGCAGCACCGAGACAGCCAGGAGCUUCGAGGAGUUGCCUCCACAGGCACAGAAUUACAUUCGCUUCAUCGAGGACUUCCUGCAAGUGCCAGUGAAGUGGGUCGGAGUGGGAAAGUCUAGAGAAAGCAUGAUCAAACUCUUCUGAUCCCAGGACGAGCUUCGCGUCAUCCGUCGUCGUUUCGCGGGCACCAGCGAGACCCCCCUCCAGCUUCUGCUUGUGUGCCACGAUAACAGGAAGUCUCCAGAUCUCAUUUAUGCAUUCGACACAUUGACCUCUAGAUAUGUAAAUAUUUUAGGGUGUUAAAUUCCAAAGUUGAAUGAUAACGGCGCAACCAUUCCCUGCACAAGUCCAGUAAAGCACAGUAUGUUUUAGCCUUUGGUAGUUAAAGAAGCAUUGCUGACAUCUGUUCACCACACAGUUCUAUUUUUACAUUUUAAGAGACGAUGAUGAACAGAUGAACAGAUGUAGAAGCCUCCAUGUGAGAAGGACUUCCAAAUAAAAAGAGAUUAUAUUUCUUACGUGAUGGAAAAAUGCUGAUAAUCCCCUGUAUGAUCAUCGUUGUCAAGACAUUUCUCUGUUUAACACAUUUUAACACAACAGUGCAUCUCAGUUGUUUGCUUUGUAGAGUAUUUGUAUGAUGUGUGAAUGAACAAUGAAAAAAAACAAAAAGGGUCCUGAAGGACAAGGCAACGCUGGGCAGUCUGAUUCAAUAAAGUGGUUUUCACAUCUUGAA